GAUUUGCUUUGAUAAUUCUUCAAAUCAUCAAGUCCUAAAGGAUGGCAGACGUUCUUGCUCUUGAAAGUGCAGUUGUUGGUAUUAUCGUUGCUGCUUUCCACAGUGCUAGUCUCCUGCACGAUGAUUUAAGCGAGGUAAAAAUGCGGGUAGAGGCUAUCAAACCUAUCGUCGGUGAUCUCGGCUCUGUCGUCGGUGUUCUUUCAUCUCUGGAUGCUACUGUGAAAAGAAGCAACCAGGCUCAAGGGGGUUUGCGCGAAAUUUCGAGAAAAAUUAGCCAAGUGGAUAAGACACCCCUCGAACAAUAAAAUGGAUUAGAGAGAUA